AUGCAGUUCCUCACAGCAGCUGUACCAGUCCCGCCCACCGUGGCAGAUGAUGGUGAUGAACUGGAACAGCUUCUCCGUGAAAUAUUCCUUUCUUUCUCAUGCGUUUCUCAUGUAACAGCCAUCACAGCGGUCCGUUCAGGGGUCGCAAGUGCUGUAGUAGAAGCUGCAUUCCGAUGGUCAGACAGUCGAAGGGUGUGA